GUCCGCUGAAUGGGCCAAUAGCGUUGCGAGUCGUGGUGCUCGCUCUCAGGAAUGCAUUUCGUCAACAAACCUGAGCUUGCGGCGUCAUAUCAGCUGGAGCUGUCAGCACCACUCCGCAGUGUCCCUGGCUUCUUUGGUGACCCAGGUGCCCAACAAAAGAAGCCCCAAAGCAGUCAUGGCCACGGCGCAGUGCGUGUUGCUGCUCGCCUUUCAUAUCUUGCUCAUCUCCGAGUUCAUCUUAGCCAAGAGGGACUACUACGACAUCCUGGGGGUGCCCAAGGACGCCUCGGAGCGCCAGAUCAAGAAAGCCUUCCAUAAGCUGGCACUCAAGCACCACCCGGACCGAAAUAAGGGUCCGGACGCCGAGGCCAAGUUCAGAGAAAUAGCUGAGGCGUACGAGACAUUAUCAGAUGAUAAGAGACGACGAGAGUACGACCAGUUCGGCCGCGGCCAGACGGCGCACGGAGGAAAUGCAAAUCACAACUUCCGGCAGCACCACCGCUCGUUCAACAUGGACGACAUCUUCAAGGACUUUGACUUUUUCGGUCAGCAGCAGCAGCAGCAGCAGCAACACUUCCACACCCAUCAUCAUCAAGCGCACCAGAGGUUCUUCCACGAGGCCUCGGGGAACCAACAGAGGCGUACCUUUGGAGGAGGAGGGGGACUGUUUGAUGACAUGUUUGAGGACUUGGAGAAGAUGUUCUCCUUUAACGCUCACACUACCAGGAAUGACGGCAGAUUCCAAAGUUCUACCAAGCAGCACUGCAGGACAGUGACGCAAAGGAGGGGCAACAUGGUGACGACCUUCACAGAGUGCUCCUGAAAGAGGGAGUGGGGAGCUGGUGGGUUUAGUGUGGCAAUUUAUCACGUGGUUUUGGGUGACUUUCACUAUGAGAUUUGUAUUCAAGGAACAAAGUGGGAUUUCAGUCACUUCCAAUUAGGUCAGCUUGUUUACUUGCUCAGGAAUCGACAGAAGCUCGUGCAAUCUUAGCUUCAACAAGCUGCACUGGGCUCUUUGUAUUUGAACAAGCCAGGACUGAAAAAAGAUCCAUUUGAAUGACGAGAGGAGGGGAAAAAAAACAAACAAAAAAACAAGCACUUAUGCAAUAUUUUGCUGGAGAUAUUUUCCAAUAUUUUCAUGUUUAAAAACUCAAAAAAACCUCAAGCUGAUCAUGUGCAAUAUUCAGCGCGUUUUGCUUUUCAUGUUGCCUAUUCUGCACAGACAGUGCUGUCUUAAUAAUCUCUGCACUUUUGAGUGUGUGCGUGUGUGAGAGUGUGUGUGUGUAUUGGAAGAUGUUUGAAAAUGGAAUAAAGUUGCAACAGGAUGCGGCUCUUUA